GAAAGGGCCAAAGAGACCGAAGAGAGAGCGAGAGUGGGUGUGACGCCAAGUAAAAGAGCGCAAAUCUAUGUGGGUGAGAGAGGGAGCGAGAAAAAGAGAAAGGGGGUGUGUCCGCCUCGGUCUGUCCCCUCCCUCUGUAGGUAUAGAUGCUGCAGGCUGGUCUCCCUGCAUCCCAGAGCACAGAGCCCCAGAGCAUCAAGCCCUUCAGCCUCAGACACAGCCUCAGCCAGAGCCUGUCCAGUGUGCUGCACUAGUCCUGAGACACACCAGCUCAGUGAAGUAGUCCAGCCACCAGAGUCAGCAUAACUCACACAGAACUAGGAUAAUUACUUUACUGUUCUAGUUCUACCGUUCUAGUCAUGUACAAGGCUCAGUCUGUGAACUAGUCCAGGGCUGGUUGAUAUUUACUCUGUCAAUGUUCUCCAUUACUGUAGUCCAGUAGCUCACCUUAGUCCACCUCUUAGUCCUGAACUGAGAUUAUUAAGUCUUCAGUCAACGGCGUCUAGUGCGAGUCACCAGCCAGUCCUUUGUACCUGAGACCGCAGCAGAUCACCUACCACCAUGCAGCUCUCACACACCUUCCUCGUCUUCCUCUUCCUCCUUUUCAUCGUUGAGAUUGCGCUGGCCGGCUCGUCUACGGCUCGGAGAAGCAGAGUGAGACGUCAGAACAUGAAGGUGAGGAUCAACGCUACAGGCGACACCAUCGUGAUGAAGUUUGUACGUCCGAACGCUGACACCAAGCUGGAGGGCUACAUCCUGGGCUAUGGAAGCAGCAUGUUCUCUAAACAGUUCAUCCAACUCCCAGAGAACGGACUGCCCUACGAGACAGAGAUCGAUGCCGAGCCCAAGUACCUGAUCGCUGUCCAGCCCAUCCCAGUCAAUGAUGUGAAGAAACAGUGCACAGGCAACGUGAACCUGGAGAAGCCCCUCCACCUGGUGAUUGGGUCCGUGACCCCCACCUCGGUGCUGCUGUCCUGGGGGACCUUCCUCAAGACGCCCUACGAGGGGGACAUCAUGAACGACUGCCUGGAGGAUGGGAACUACACGGUGCGCUACCGUGAGAGGAACCGGAAGUGGACCUACCAGACGUGCCCCGCAAGCGACACGGUCAUUGACAGCCUUAAGCCCAACACGGCCUAUGAGUUUGGUGUCCGACCCAACAACAAGGAACGCAGCGGAGUGUGGAGCAAGCCAGUCAUCCACAACACCAACAUGAGCGGGAAGGUCAUGCAGAAACCCUACAAACCAAGGACCCCUCUGAAGCCUGUAAAAACAGUCAACAUGCCACGGGCCUUCUUCCCUCCUCAUCACGCUGUCCAUAACAGGAGCCAGGGUAGAACUCUCUACAGGACCCCUGUAGCUCCAAGGACCACCUUCGUGCCAACCUCGGUCAAUAGACAGCACUUCGUGUCCACUCCCCGACCCACAAUGCCUCAGGUGCAGCACGAGCCAACUGGUACCAGCUUCCUGAGACCUUUGACCCCUACUGAACCUCGCUCUCCUAUACGCUCUGCCGUUACCACGGCAGCCAGAAACACAACGUUGCCUCGCAGUCGCGCCUCUCUCUACUCCACCCCUAACGGCAUCAGACCUCUCUCUCUACCCAGGGACACCAACUCCUCCCUCACCUCCGACACACCAGGGGCCGACGGGGAGCACAAUAAGGGCCUUGCUCUUCCCAAACCUGCCAUCUGGUCCAGAAAGCGACUGGGCUCCCCUGCAGUUCUGCAACCCUUUCUUCCUGUCAACAAGAGGCCCAACCUGGUGGGGAAAUCAGGGGACAAGGAUAAGCUGAUGGACCUGAAGCAGGGAGACAAUGCGUCCAUCUUGAAGUCCUUCCCUCCAGUCACGGCUAAGCCCACCAAACAAAAGACCACAACCCUCGCCCCGGCCUUGAAUGCCACGGGUGACAACUCCUCUGUGUUCAGCUCUCUCCCUGCUUCGGAAGUGGACGCCAUGGGCAAGAAGCGCUUCGUAGCCCCUCAUGUGAUCUAUAAGACUGACAAGAAGCCAGACGAACCGUGUUCCAUAACAAAGUCCCUCAGCUUCUUCCCUGAGGAGGAGGGGGUGGAGCAGAACGUCACCGCACCCCCCCGCUUGCCCCCCUCCAACCUCACCGUGGUUACUGUAGAGGGAUGCCCCUCCUUCGUCAUCCUGGACUGGGAGAAGACCGACAACGACACCACAGAGUAUGAGGUAAUUUCAAGAACCCAUGGACCCAAUGGAGAAGAGGUGUCCAUCCUGACCACCAACCAGACUCACACUGCAGUGGAGAACCUAAAACCAGAGAACAGUUACGAGUUCAAAGUGAAACCCAAGAAUGAGCUUGGGGAAGGGCCUGCCAGCGAGCCAGUGUUGUUCAACACAGAGUCAGCGGACCCUCGGGUGAGUGAGAAUGUCUCAGGUAAAGAUGCUAUCUGGACACAGUUCCCCUUCAAGGCAGAUUCCUACUCGGAGUGUAACGGGAAGCAGUAUGUGAAGAGGACCUGGUACCGCAAGUUUGUGGGCAUUCAGCUGUGCAACUCCCUUAGAUACAAGAUCUACAUGAGCGACUCGCUCACCGGCAAGUUCUACAACAUCGGGGACCAAACUGGUCAUGGGGAGGACCACUGCCAGUUUGUAGAUUCUUUCCUGGACGGACAAACAGGCAGCCAGCUAUUGGCCGACCAACUACCCAGCCGAUCAGGUUUCUACCGGGCUAUGCGUCAGGAACCGGUCAACUUCGGCGAGAUCGGAGGGAACUCGCACGCCACCUAUGUUGGCUGGUACGAGUGCGGAACACCCAUACCUGGGAAAUGGUAAGACCCCUCCACCAGAGGGGUGGCCAGGAAGAUGCCUGACUGGAAGAAUGAUGAUCUCACCAGGGUGAGAGGAGGACUGAGGAGGUCUCAGUGGCCCUUGAGGUGGGCUUCUCCCUCUUGUUACCAUGGAGACUGUGUCAGUAUGUUACCAUGGAGAUGCAUCUGUCUGUCUGUCAGAUGGUGAUGGCCCACAUUCCAUUGUAUAAAAGUUUACAGGACCAUACCUUGUCAUGGAACUCUGAGUUCUUUUGUCAUAUCUCCUUAGGGGAUCUAUUCAAUCCGCAUUACGGAAGUUCAGCAUUACAGUGUGAUUGAAAUUUAAAGGCAAUGUUCCUGCUUUAGCAGAGACUGCUUUUACGUAAACACUGCUUAUGUCGGCUAAAUCCGAAAUGACCUUUAAAUUUCCAUCACGGAAUCUGUUACUCUUCAGCUUUACAGAUUGAACCGAGCCCUAAAUCUCAUCUCACUAUUUAUCAAACACAACAUGAGGCAGUACUCAAAACCUGUAAAAAUGUAAGAGAAGUUGAUAAAGGUAUUUCAGAGUGCUUCAAGAGGUUACAUAUGAACGCCGGAAACUGUUGGGAAGCUGGCUCCCUAAAAAUGUAAUAACGUGUAUGAUGUUAUUUAUCAAGCAGUUGUUAUUCAAUGUUUCUUGUGGUUUAUAUUAGCCAGUCUGCUAAAAGGGUUGCUAUAACACAAAAGCCUCUGCAAAAAAAGAAAAAAAGCAUUAUACACGCACACGCACACACACACUAAAUUCGUCACUCAUACA